AUGGAUUCCCCAUCAACUCAAAGUGGCCGUGACCAAAUGGCACCAAAAGAAUGUGACACAAUAAUCCCGGUAACCAAAUAUCUUUUGCCUUCGUUUUCUUCGUCUUCAUCACUUUCAUCAUCAUCAUCUCCACUUGGAUCUUCGUAUUUUCCCAAUGAUUCGGCUCUCAGUCCAGCUACUCCACUCCGGUUUUCGGGUGUACCAUUUUCUUGGGAACAUUUUCCAGGGAUUCCGAAGAAACUACAAAAUCACAAGAAAAAGGAGUCGAUGAAGUUGCUGCCAUUGCCUCCCCCGGUUACAUCACCAACCUCGAAAAGGUACAAUUUCGAAGAUAUGUUGUUAACCCGGAAGAAAGCAACCGCUGCUACUGAGAGUUUCCGAAGGGAUCCAUUUUUUGCGGCAUUGGUUAAAUGUUCCAAGGACGAUCAUCAAGAAACUGCCUGCAAUUUAUGGACUGGAGCAAAGGUCACAAGAAGUAGCGGUGACAAAUUGGGGUUUAUUAAUCUCUACACUUCUUGUAAAAGGACUUGUCCAGUUUCAGAAUCAAUAGUCUAUCUUCCAAGGUCUAGCAGAAGCACUGCUAAUUAUGGCCUAAUCAAUAAUCGCUAUAGUUAA